GCCAGCGGAGGACGUGGAGCGCGGCGCCUGGAAAAUAGAGCGAGCGGCGCGAGACCGCGAGUGGGAAAUUCGGCGGUGUCUGUGGGUGAACGAGGAGCGCCAGGAGCCGCAGACGGCUCACCGGGCGAUUACAAGCGGCGCGGCUUUAACUUAGGCGUUGUUAUGCAACUGAACGCGUUCGGCUGCCUCGGCCGCUCGCGCUCGCGCUCGCGCUCCCAGUUGCGCUCGGCUGCCGUGCUGUAGUUGCGAUUCUAAGAUUUUUUUUUAUUUUCUCUAAAUUUAAUUUAAAAUGACUACGUCGACGAACGCGCCGCGCGGACCUUCAAUUCUGCCGCAGACCCCAGUAUUGCAAGGAUUUGGCUUCUCGUCCGUGGCCUGGGGGAGGCGGUGGGCAGCUGGUCGUCCGUAGGUUUUUCCACAACACUGUCCUGACGAGGUCGGCGCGGAUGGGACAUAUAAGACGUCAGGAAGGACCUGGUUGGGAAAGGGAGUGAGAAUGGACAACCUUUCUGACUUUGGGUGCCCCUGUCCAUCAAGGGAAUGGGACACCAACAGCUGUGUGGAGGAUUUACUGGAUGAGGACGAGAAAGACAGAGCAAAAAGGGCAUCUCGUAACAAAUCGGAAAAGAAGCGCAGAGACCAGUUCAAUGUGCUCAUCAAGGAGCUGUGCACCAUGCUGCAGGGCCAGGGCCAUCCGCGCAAGAUGGACAAGUCCACCAUCCUGCAGAGAACCAUCGACUUCCUGCAGAAGCAGAAAGACAUCACUGCACAGAACGAAACGUGUGAUGUGCGACAGGACUGGAAGCCCUCGUUCCUCAGCAAUGAGGAAUUCACUCAACUAAUGCUGGAGGCCCUAGAUGGUUUCCUGAUAGCAUUGACUACAGAUGGAAAUAUUAUAUACGUGUCUGACAGCGUGUCUUCGCUAAUUGGACAUUUACCGUCAGAUAUGGUGGACCAAAAUAUCUUGAAUUUCCUCCCGGAGCGGGAACACGGGGAGGUGUAUAAGCUGCUAUCAUCCCACAUGCUGAUGACUGACCCCAUUGCUGCUGACUUCCUUGACAGUGAGGCACAUAUAGAGUUUUGCUGCCAUGUGGCCAGAGGUAACAUCGACCCAAAAGAGCCUCCUGUGUACGAGUACGUCAGGUUCGUUGGGGAUUUCAAGUUUCACAACAAUGGUAAGGACGUGCCUACAUCCUCCUGUAACGGGCUUGAAUUAACGCUACCGAGGAGCUUGCAGGCGACGCUGGAGGAGCAGGUCUGCCUCAUCGCCACCGUACGAUUAGUCACUCCGCAGUUUCUCAAGGAUUUGUGUAACGUGGAAGAUCCUUGUGACGAAUUCACAUCCAGACACAGUCUCGAGUGGAAGUUCCUCUUUUUAGAUCACAGAGCUUCACCCAUCAUAGGCUACCUGCCCUUCGAGGUCCUCGGCACCUCUGGCUACGAUUACUACCACGUGGAUGACUUGGAGCUCAUAGCUCAGUGUCACAAGCAGCUGAUGCAGUUCGGCGAGGGCAAGUCCUGCUUCUACCGCUUCCUGACCAAAGGCCAGCAGUGGAUAUGGCUGCAGACGCAGUACUACAUCACGUACCACCAGUGGAACUCCAAGCCGGAGUUCAUCGUGUGCACGCACACCGUCGUCAGUUACGCCAAGGUGAGGGCCGAGAGGAGGCGAGCGUUCGGCCUCGAGGAGCUGUCGCCGCCGGAGGUCGCUCCUUCCUCCGUGAAGGCGCAGGAGCUGUAUUUGGACAUCUGCUGUCCCACGCUGGGCCCGACGCGGGACAAAAACAGUGGUGCACGUUCAGCGUCCUCCCACAGCUCGCGGAAGUCCUCCCGCACGGCGCUGUCAGACUCUGCAUCAGCUAAUUCCUACACCGAGGCCUGCACUCCGUCAUGGCAGACGGCCUCCGUCGGGACAGAGAAGACGCCGGCCAGACCCCAGCCCAGCAGCUCAAAGAAUUUGGCACAAAGACAAAAUUCCUUUGACCACGUUCCCCAAACGAGCCUCCCUGUCUCUCCUACCUGCAGCAAGCACUCCGCCAUGCAGCAGCAGCAGCAGCAGCAGCAGCAGCAGCAGCAGCAGCAGCAGCAGCAAGGAUCGGUGUAUCAGCUGCAGCAGCCUCAGCCUGGCGUGUUGAACCAGCUCAAGGAGCAGCUGGAGGAGCGGACGCGCAUUCUGCAGGCCGACAUUAAGACGCAGCAGCAGGAGCUGCACGACAUCAAGGAGAAGCUGCAACUGGCCAAUCUCCAGAUGCUGCUGCAGCAGCCCAUCAGUAAUGACUUUGGCCAGGCUCAGCAGCAGCAGCAGCAGCAGCAGCAGCAGCAGCAGCAGCAGCAGCAGGGUCCGGGCAGGCCGGCCCAGCAGAGCCCGUCCGGAGUGAUCAGGCAGCACCCUAAACCAACCAGCUGCGGGACCCACAGUUCAUCCCCUCACUCCCUCCUGAAGGAGAACAGUUUCACCUCAACACAGGUUCAGCACCGGGUUGUGCGCAGCGGGCAGGUGCAGUCGGUCAGUCUGCCCGUGCAGACGAACACCAGUCUGACCAUGCCCUUCUACAGCAACCCCAUGAUGUUUUCUCAGACCAACACGAGGCCUCUGCAGGACGCAAACCAAAGACACACAGACAACGAGUUCAGCCAGGACGGACAGCUCCGCAUGCUCCUCAACCAGCCAGUGCAGACACUGGUGCCCACUAGCAGUGUCACCUCGCAGCCUUCUCAGUGCAACAUGGGCAUCUCCCAGACCAUAUACACCCUGGAGCAGCAGAUCAUGGCUCCGUCCUUCUCCAUGCAACAGGUCAACUGCAACGCUGUGCUCGUCCCCUCGCCGGUCUUCACGUCCCCCAUAAUGAUUCCCCACAACAACUUCAUCUCGCCCCAGUCCCAGUCCGCCUACCACGCGCAGCCUCAGGCAUCCCAGCACUCCCUGCAGAUACAGCAGCCCCAGCAGUUCUUUCAGAUGACUCAAGGGCUCGUGCACAGUGGAUCUGCACAGGCAUUCUUGCACGCCACCAACGUCCCGCAGCAAAGCACCGUGGGAUACAUCCAGCAGCAGCAGCAAAUACAACAGCUGCCGCAGGCGCAGCAGCAACAGGCGCAGCAGCAGCAGCAGCAGAGGCAAUACCAACAUUCCCAAAACCAGACUGGCGACUUCAGAAAUAUGCUGACUCGGUAGUGCUGCAGGGUUCUGAUGGAGCGCCGGCUUCUCCCCCGCGCAGGCAUUUGGGAGUCCACGUUGGCGUCAAGUCCCACGGCAGAAAUGCUUCGGAGCGGAAGGGUCGCUUGCAAUUUGGGACCUCGAGAAGUUGCCCCUUCGGAAGAAACGGGCCGCUGGAGGCUGCACAGACCUGACAUUACCUGCAGGAGCUGAAGAGAGCGUGGGAGCCUUCGUCACUGGCUCCCAGUCAGUGGAAGGGCUGGAACAAGUGGAUUAUCAAAGCUCUGUGGAAGACAGAGCGUCUGCACUUUUGUACUGUGCCCUGCUCAGAAGUAGAAUAUUUAUUUUAGCCCACACGUUAUCUACAGAAUGAUAGUUGAACAGAGAUUAUUUUUCAAAUCUACAUCUUGACACCUUUCCAUAUUUCCAAUCAGUUAUAUUUCUCCUUUAACAUGACAGGGGUUUAUCUCAUAAAGGGAUGUGUUGUGUAUGAGAGGACACAACCGUGUGUGUUUCAGUCGGCAGACGUUGUCCCAGGAACAGGAACGUGCGAGGGGCUUUUAUUGCUGCGGUGGCGAGAUGACAUAUCUAAACUCGGGUUUGUAAGAAUUCAAAUGAGCGUUCGUCACCGGGGGAUAUUAUAUCCAAUUAACAAAAAGGUCUAUCUAGAUUUUUAAAGCCUCAAUCUGGGCCUGAAGAAGAGUUGCUCCUGUCAUGCGUCUCACUCUGGAGUGUCCGGGUGAUGAACGAAGCGAGCUGCCCGAUGCGGAGUGAAAUGUGCCUUUAACCACGGUGAUCUGUGGUGCAGUUGGUGUUGUCUGAUUUCGGCUUUAAAAAUCCAGCUCAGGUCCAUUUGAAAUACAAAGUUCUAUUUUCAUAGGUCAUAAUUUAUUCUUUCCACACAAGAUUUAAUGAGAAGACUUGUAGAUUUGUAUUGGAUUACAAAUAUAUAUUGGAUGCUUUUUGCAACCUUUACAGGAGUAAGUCCAAACGUAUGUAAUGGUAGUAUCUAAUAGGAUCCCUUAGACCCUAAUAAAAUCAUUUCAUAUUUAUUUAUUUUACACAGUAUAUAUUAUAAAAAUAUGGGAUUAUGAUAUUAGUUUUAUAAAGACAAAGUAUAAUGGAACUGAUUUUGUGAGUUCAUUUAGACAUUAAAAGGUCGACACUGAUCUGUUUUCCUGCCACAAUAAAAGCAUCUGCUACAGAAGAUCUUUCUGAUUUGAAUAAGUCCACAUAGUAGGAAAUGACUGUAAAGAGAUUCUACCUACUUUCAAAAUAGUAUUACUCUAGCCAGUCAUCUGGUUAGUUGGUUUUAACAAAUGGGAAAUUUUAGACAAUGCCACUUUUCCUCCCAGCACCUGUAUAAAAGGCAAAGCUGCCCCUAGUUCUCAUUGUGACGGUGUGGUCUCAGCGUGGACACUCAAGGUGGGUAUUUCAUGGUCCCUUAGAAGACCGGUGCUGGCCAUAUUGGAUGACAAGGCUUUGCUGUCAGACCUUUCAGCAUGUUGUUCAGUGCCGUUUUACACUUUCCUAUGUGCAAUGUCAAUUUGAAAAAGAAGAAUGUUAAUUUAUACUGUUCUAAAUGUUUCAGAUGUACAGUGUAUAUACAGUAGAGGUGUAUAUUGAGCAAUUGUAAUGUAAAUUAUAUGGCGGUAUUUUUUUAAUGAGAAUCUCCUGACAUUCCUACGGUAUCUCUUUUUAAAGAUAGGUGUCCACUGACGACCGCGGUUCCACUGCUCACAUGCGACUGUCUGCAGGAGAAGGUGGACAGUGUUAUGUCUAUCCCCCAAACAAUCUGGGAGCCGCGAUGUAAACAGACAAACUGGAGUCCCAGUUUGUCUGUUUACAUUAAAACAGCUUCAGGUCACAUCUGGCUGCAGCAACAGACGUCCAGGUGUGAUGAUAACAGCUCGGUCUUUAAGGGGUAAUUUAGCCAAAACCACUUAAAGUCCUUUACGAUUCUUUAAAAAGUGCAAUUGUACAUCACCAUUUAUAUCUUGGCUGAGGGAAGUCUCAGUCUCCUUUUUUGCAUCUCAACGACUAAGGUUCAGCCAGCAACUCAGAGGUGCCAUAGACGACCACGCUUCUGUUCCUUCACCACUCAGCUUAAAUAACCAAACACAGUUCUGUAAAGCUGUGAAUUCUGCAGUGAAUGAUUUCCAUCUAACACGGCAUUUAGAGAUUUCAGUCCAUGUUUGUGUACAAACUGACAUUAUUUGCCUUGAAAUGGCAGUUGAGGGAAGUUCUGCUCAUUAAACUUCACUGUGGGUCACUCGUGUUGUCACAGUUCAUGUGUCCUGUUCCAUUUGUGGUUUAAGCCCAAAAUGAUGUUGCUUUGGACAGACCAUCUGUUCUCCACCAGAUGUUUGGAUGUGGGAUAAUGUCUUAAGUGUGCACAGAUUCACAGAUGUUGUAAAUAAUUUAUCUUCUCAAUCCUUAAUGUUUUUUUAGUUGAGAAAACACUUAAAUGCCCAAAAGUAGAGUUUAUUUUUUUCUUCAGUUUUCAGAAACCGUUUUUUCAUGGGGUUUGUCAUUGAGUGUCAAUGUUCUUGAAGGUAUGUGACUUUAAUCAGAUCUUACUUGUACUUUUAUUUGAUUUGUGAAAUAACGUCUGUCACCAUACACAAGUGUGAGGCGUCAGACACUUUGUGUAAGAUUCACCAGGAAAUGAACAAAACAAACCUGGUGCACAGCCAUUUCUGCAGUUUCUGUGCAGAAACACACUAAUAUAUUGUAUAAUAAAAAAAAAGUUUAGACUAUAUAGUUGUUUAUUUUAUACAUAGAUUACAUAUGUAUGUUACAUGAUUUUAAAAUUAAAGUAAUUUUGUAACAGAUAA